GUGCUGCAACACUGGAAGACAGCAGCAAAGCUGCGGCGGCAGCUUGCUUGACGAGAGAGGUCAUGUUGUUUUGGUGUCUUCGUGUAAGUCGAGACCAAUUGAGAGUAGGUGGUCACCGAAUGAGAGAAUAUGGAAAUCCGUCUCGCUUCUCUCGUGAGGUGAACGGGCCUGUUAUGAAACAAGGGCCUGUAGUUCGGGCACCGAGAGGGAUGGGAGGGAACAAUGGGAGACGUCAUGCAAACCACCAAAUUCUUUGCCUAGACAUCGCGAGGGGCCAUUCAACCAUGGGGCCAAUGGUGCAACUGGGUAUGCCAAGCUCUUGUCCUGCUUGCCGGGUCAAACACGAACGCCAUUGAUGCCAUCCCAUCCAAUGCGGGCUAUCGAAUGGGCGGGACAAGAUCCCAAUCCGUUGUCUUCGGUUCAUCCCAACUUGGGCCAAAGCCGGUUGGUCCGAGCUAGGGUUGGCUGGCGUCACUGGGCACAGCUGGACCGAGCCGCAACGUAUCGAAAACCUCGAGUGUUGCACAAUGUUUGGGGCUUGCGGGAGCUGAGGAGACUCGGAGAGCUUGGGGCUGCUUGGUGUGGUUGCAUUGCGGCCUUGAGCACCUGGUCGUUGUUUCUUUCAGCGACCUUCCUGAUGUCAUCCCCUCCUUCCUUUCCUGCACGCCGAGGCCUAGGCCACCACGAAGUGCGUGUCCACGGGCUUUCCGUUGGCUCAGGCGAGGGAAGGUGCCGAAGAUUCCGAAUCCUCUCUCGUAGUCAGCACCGACUAAUACAGCAAUCGCCUUGGCGCCGGGCACUCUCGUUUUGAUGACCCUACGCCGAGACACGAGCAGAGGGGGUCAACAAAACAUCAACCACCAUGUCAUACACUCAAAACCGUCUCUAGGCGAGGGAUAUCCCG